UUCGGAGCGACGAUUCCCAUUGAAGAACAGGUACGGGACAAACUGGAGUGGAUCGAAUUGGAAGGCUAUCAUCACUGGGGAGUGGCUUGUGUUGCUUGUUUGCAUUCACUUUUGACCAACAGCAAUGGCGGAUCUAAACAUUACCCAUAUUUAUUACUGUUUUGAAAGGUCGGAAGAACCAUAUCAAACGGUCUUCGACCUCCACUCAUUUGUUGAAUUGCGAAAGCUGCUAUUUUUUCCUGUCUGUGGACGCAAUUCUUCCAAAUUGUAUUGCACUCAACCCCGCAAGUUUCAAUCCCUUACUCCAAUGGCACCAACUCUUUCAACACAACCAAUAAUUAUUGAUUAUCCCUUUUCUCCCGCAAACCCUAAUUUCAAAUUCAACAACUCACGGCACUCCGUACGAUUCCCCAAGGGCCGUUAUUCAUCCACCUCUUCCACCGUCACUGUAUUUCGAAUGUAUGCUUCGACGCCGGCUCGUGGUUUGUAGCAAUCAAAGAGAAGAUACCGCGCAGAGCAGCUCAGAGGAAGCUGGAGUUGAUAAUUUAGGUGUCAAGACUGCACUGUCCAUGUUAAGAUUCUACAAACGGGAGAUUUCACCAUUGUUGCCAAAUAGUUGUCGAUACGUCCCAACAUGCAGCGAGUACUCGAUGAUUGCUUACAAGAACUAUGGAGUUGUAAAGGGCACAAUAUUGACUGCCUGGCGCCUCUGCCGCUGCAACCCUCUUGGAGGGUCAGGCUUUGAUCCACCGCGGUGGUUUGACGAGCCAGCACCACCCGAGCAAUAAAUUUAUGCAAUUAUGAUACCAUACAAGAUAAGUUCUUACUUCUUAGUUUUGAAGUUAACAGCUAAAUGUAGCCUUUGUAUAUGCAUGUGGAACUUGUUAAUUGAGAUUCAUAUUCAGCAUGGAUGAGACAGAAAAUCAAACUAACGUUGUAAGGAUUAGUGAAGUUCUUUAGGAUUGUGAAGUACAUAUAUACAGUGAAUUAUUCAAAAGGAUUUCAGAAAUCCUUGAAAUUCCACUUGUUUAUUUCUGAACUAAGUUCAUCACCCUUUCCCUGAAUUGUUCUUGUUUAGGUCUGACAUUUGAGUAUAGUUUCAACCGCUUAUUACGCAACGACUUUUGGGGUUUUCAAAAGAAUUGAAAAUAGUAAAAAGAAAUUAGUAUUUAACGUGAUGUUGUACAGAGAGAAUAUGCAUUUGGUAUUUUGGUAUUUAAUGUGAUAUUUUUGAAAAAAAGUUAUGGGAUGAGAUCGUUAGUCUCUAGUGUAAUCCGACCCCUCUCACCCCACCAAUUAAACGGCAGACAAGUGUUCUUUAUUUUAAUUUAAAUUAAAAUAUUUUAUUUUACACACAUUUUAAUGAUUUUUUAUCCAUUAUUAUUUUUUUAAAAAAUAUUAAUUACCAUCUAUGCCCCUUCCCUUCUCUUGGUUCUUUCUUGCUUCUGGAUUAAUUUUUAUUUUUUUUUGUAAUCUUCUUCUUCAUUCUCCCUUCACUCCCAAAAUUUGACGCUAUAUUGAUGAAUAGUAUCAUACUUUUAAAAGUGUCUAUGUAAAUGAAAACUGAUGUUUAUUUGAUCUUUUAAGUCCUUGUUUAUUUAUUAUGGUCAUGUUAAGACAAAGAACUGGUAGGCAUUGUAUGAACCUAUUCAGUGAAAAACUCACUCUUCAUAUUAGAAUCUGCCACUUAUAACAUUCUUUUCAUUAGAAAAACAAGUAUUUGUUAUUGCUGACGGUGACAAAUUGAAAAUAUGGCAUGCUUAAAUCAUUAUAGUUAAAAACAACAACAGUGGUAUAGAUGUGAAAGACUGAAUUCAAAACUACCGUUCUACGACAAAAGGAAGAGAAAAAGAGGCCCAGCUAUAAAGUAAUUAAACCAUAUAAUAUCAAGUUACAUCAUUUUAAACAAAAAUCAUUGUCCUCCCCGAUUAUGAAUCUAAGUGAAAAUUUUCAACCUUGUCCUAUAGCUCCCAUAAAUGUAAUCAAACACAUCAAUAAUCUUGGCCAUUUUGAUCAAUCCCAAAUACUUGAUAUAUCUGUCCAAAUACAUCACUUUCAGCAACUAAAAUAAAUUUGUGGCAGCUAAUCAAGUAGCAGACCUAGAAACCUCUAAUUAUUGAGUUCAAUUAUGGCUUCAAUGACAUAAGCAGAAGGCUUAUAUACUAAAGAAAGGAUAUAUGUCACAUCAACUGAAGAAGAAAUGCCAAUAUUACUGCAAGGAAAAUAUUAGUAUAUGUUAUUUAUUUGAUUUAAUAAUGACAGAACAUUUACAAACAUGCCUUGAUCAACUGAUCAGGUGUGAACCAGAGAGAAGAAUAACCAUCAAACAUGGCCUUCUCCUUUCUGUUAUAAUAA